UGCAUAUCAGCGGCCCGAUCGAGCCCGACCCAUCUAUUUCUUCGUCGACCUUUUCUCGUGUAGUUUCCAUUCGCAAACCCUAAUCGCGGAAGCGGAGGAGAGAUCGGAGGAUCGAGCUCUCUCGUCGGCUUCUUCUUCUCCCUCUCCUUACUCAGAUGGCGCCGAAGCCGAUCACGAGCCCAGUCCCCGUCGAGUGGUAUCCGUCUCUGGCCGUUGUGAUGCUCUCCGUCGGUCUCAUGGUCACAGCUUCCUUUUUCAUCUAUGAAGCCACUUCAUCCAGAAAAAGCCGCAGCUUACCGAGGGAGAUCGCCACUGCAGCUGUGGCAUCUGUUUUCCUGGGUUUCGGAUCUCUCUUUGUGCUCCUGGCUACUGGCGUUUACGUUUGAUUUUGGAGCUAAACUGGCCCUUCAAUUCCCGGUGUUUCCCAAUAAGAUAAUUUUUGCGAUAAUUGAUUUUUUUUUUUUAAUAUGCCUAGUUGUUGGGAUAUAUAUAAUAGCUUGCAUUUGGAACCUAUGUUAGAAGAGUGAGAAUUGCUAUCUGGUUAUUAGUUUAAGCUAAAGAUUUUAUAAUAUUGAUAAUUUUGAAUUUGUGCUCGUGUUGUUGAGCCCUUCUUUCU